AUGUUCCACCCAGGGGCCCAUGGAGAAGCGGCCCCCACAUGUGAUCACGCUGCGUCCGCAGAUCAGGGCGCGGAGGGAAUGACCCUUCACCAGUAUCUCGCGAAGACCAAGAUCUGCGCACACUUCGCCAGGGGAUCCUGCAAGUGGGGCGACCAGUGCAAGUUCGCACACGGCGAGAGUGAGUUGAACAGGCCGCCAAAUUUGAGCAAGACGCGGAUGUGUUCUGCCUUCCUCAGGGGCGCCUGCGGCAGGGGGGCGUCCUGCACCUUUGCGCACGGCGCGCACGAGAUGGUCAAGGUGGACCUCUUCUACAAGAGGGCCCUCUGCGCCUGGCACCAGGCCGGGCGGUGCCGCAACGAGGGCCACUGCUGCUUCGCCCACGGCGCCGACGAGCUCCGGGCGCCGCCGAGCGGCACCCCUGGCAGCAGAACGAGGAUGUCCGAGGCCUCCACAGAUCUCGCGGCUUUCGAGUCCACGGAUCUCGCGGCGUUCGAGGACGCCGACAGCAGUUGCUCGGACUCGCUGGAAGGCAGCGCAGGCCCCGCCUGGAGGCCCCCGGCCGUCCCGCCGGUGGCGGUGCGGCUGCCGCCACCGCCCCCAGGACCCCCGAGCUGCCUCGCCUUCCUCCCCCUCCCGCCCCUUCCGCCCCUUGGGGCCGGCGGGGCAGGGCCUCACAGCCCAGGUCUUCCGGACGCCGCCGGCCGCGGGGCCGCCGCCCGAGCCGCGGCGGGUGCCUCCUCCGAGGGACUCCCCGGCGCUCCUGCCCAUGAAGGUUUGCUCGUCCCUCGCCGGCGGCCUCGGCCGCGAGGCCCGCUUCCAGGAGCCGCCGCUGUGGUUCGGCCUGUGCCUGGACGCAUGAGGCCGAGGGCGACAGGUGCAUCGAUGCAGCUCGCGCCCGAGGUGGUGAGGCGUCCGUUGCGAUAG